AUGAAAGCUGCUAAAUCACCUCCAGCUGGAGUCCCCAGCGUGUUCUCGCUUCACUGUGGCCCUGUCUUCUCGACUGGCGGAACCGCCUUUUUGUGGCUGGGCGGUGUACAGCGCCAAGGAUCAACAUCAAAGCAAGCAGCUGUGUACAUGCUUAACUCCGAGCACGUGUUUGAGAAUAGGAAAUUCUUUGGGAAUAGAUUUAGUGUCACGGGUAAUGACAACGGCUUUGAUUUCACCCUCUCGCCUUCCCUGUUCCCACGUUUUUUGACUGUCCACUAUCAGUGUGACCGCAUGGAGCCAGAUGCUGAGACUAUCAGCGCUCCCAGGCAGCUAGGGAAGUACAGAAUCAAGAGAGGCAUAUACACUGAAGAGCAGUUCCAGAAAAACUAUGAAAGAAACACCCCCUCCCCAAGGAACAGGGACUUCAGAAUCCAAGGAAGGGUCCAGUGCAGAUUCUCCUGGGCAAGAUUCAGGAAGAUCAUACUCAAGAUGUUUCCUAUCCUGAACUGGUUGUGUGCAUAUCGAGUCAGAGAGUGGUUCCUGAAUGACAUACAUGCAGGCCUAAGUGUGGGGAUGGUCCAGAUUCCGCAAGGACUGUCAGGAGUUUUGUUAACGAGGUUACCACUACCAAUUGUCAAUGGCUUCUAUUCUGCAUUCUGCUGCUCAUUAACAUAUGUUGUAUUUGGGACUUCGCGCCAUAUCUCCAUUGGUUCAUUCAGCAUUCUGAAUGCAAUGGUGGCAGAUGUUCUGAAGACGCUGAAUUUCAGCCCUGUAUUGACUGCUAAUGGAACCUUUGCCAAUUUCUCAGAUGCAAAUUAUAUGAAGAGUUACAUGGAAGCCUUGACACUUACUGCAUCAACAACAUUUCUGACUGGGAUCAUCCAGUUGCUUUUAGGCUGCUUCUGCUUGGGAUUUGUCACAACCUAUCUGCCAAAGACCCUCAUCGACGCUUACCUCACUGCAGCAGCGCUGCAUGUCAUCGUAUCCCAGUUCUCCUUCAUCUUCGGGAUCGUGAUCAACUUCCAUAUGGGCCCCCUGGCCAUUUUCUACAACCUGUUUCAAUAUUGCAUGGCUCUCCCAAAGGCUAAUGCCACCAGUAUAUUGCUAUUUUUGGUUGGCCUACUCAUGCUGAGGGUCAGCAAUUGUAUCAAGAUAACUUACAAGCACAGUCCUGUUGCAUUCCCUAUGGAACUUCUCCUGAUUAUUACAAUCACCAUUAUUGCUAACCAUGUGCAUCUGCAUGCCGAAUCCAGUAUGCUUGUGGCCAAAAUGGUUCCACACAGGUUUCUGCCUCCUACGCUGCCAGACUUAUCAAAUUUGAGCAGGAUUGUAGCCCAUGCCUUCUCCCUGGCUAUUGUAAGCUACUUCCUUCUCAUUUUUGUGGGAAAGAGGUACGCUUGUAUUCACAACUACAACAUCUCCAGCAACCAGGAGCUCAUGACUGUGGGGCUAUGCAAUAUCUUCAGCUCAUUUUUCAAAAGCUUUGCUGUCAGCUGUGCUAUUUCUGGGACUGUCAUUCAGGAGAAGACAGGCGGAAAAACACAGUUUGCAGCACUAAUUGGAGCAUCCAUAAUGCUAGUGGUAGUGAUGAAACUAGGACACUUUUUCCAGUCUCUGCCUAAUGCUGUACUAGCUGCGAUUGUAAUGGUCAACAUGUUCCCAUUUCUUGAAAAAUUUAUGGACAUCCCCACCCUGUGGAGACAGGAUAAGUAUCAUUUUGUUAUUUGGAUUGUGACUUUUGCAGCCGUUCUGUGUCUUGGUCUCGAUAUCGGCUUGGUCAUCGCAAUGGGAUUCACCUUCUUCAUCAUCACUGUUAGGUCACACAGAAUGAAGAUUGUGAUGCUGGGCCAGAUUCCAAACACGGAUCUAUACAGAAGUUUAUCUGACUACAAAGCAGCAGCGGAGAUUGAAGGUGUGAAAAUCUUCCAGUGUUGUUCCUCCAUCUCCUUUGCAAAUAUGAGACAUUUCAAAGGCUACUUGUUACAUAAGAUGGAUGUGAAAGCAGUGCCCCUGGAUGAAAAUGAAAUGAGAUCUUUAAUCUCAGUUAGUCUGUCUAGCACUGGAUUGGAGAGAAAAGAUUUGAAGUGUGCCUGUGUUUGUGAUCCACCUGAGCCAUUACCCAGGAUACCCUAUACUGAGAAACUGGUGAAGCGACUUCAUAGGGAUAAUGAGUCUUCAUCGUCUUCCCUCAAUUUGAUACGUUGGUCAAAGUUUGAAAGCAAGCACAGUUCUGGGACUCUCACAACAGGAAUGUCGCAAACACAGCAUGCUCAGUCCACAGCCAUCAGGCUCAGGGCAGCAAGACCUGAGACUGGAAAGAAGAAGGAUGAAGGGAAGAAGACACGGCAUUCUUCAGACCUUGGAGUAGAUACUUCCACAACUCUAUUGUGCCAGGAACCAGUACAGUUACAGUCCACGGAGUUUUCAACAUAUCCAAUCCACACUAUUAUUUUAGACUUCAGCAUGGUGCAGUUUGUGGAUUUGCAAGCUUCAGACUUACUGAGGCAGAUGUUCCACAUGUUUCAGAAUAUUGGCAUUUCGGUCCUGAUAGCCAGCUGCCACCUCUCUGUAAUAGCAAUCUUUGAGAAGAAUGAUUUCUUUGAUGACUGCGUCACCAAAGCACGGUUCUUUCUAACGCUGCAUGAUGCUGUGCUGGCUGCUUUAGAACAGAAUCAAAGGCCAGAGACUGUGGAACUCAGCAUUGGAGAGCCUGAACAGGAGUUAGAUGAAGGGCUCACAGAAGAACAGAAGGAGAGAAGUCUGCACUCCGGUAACAACAAAGAUAUUUCCUCUUUAAAGACUACCAGGAGCGAACUCUUAAAUGAAGAGCCAAUAUCCGAUCUCUUCCGCACAUAUUCACUCCAGAGUGAAACAGAGAUGAACGUAUUCCAACAGUAUGAUGCUCCACCCCCUGAACCAGGUGACAGAGAUGAGGAGUGGGAGCAGAAGUGGAAAUAUGCCAGAGAUCCCUGA